CCGGCAUUUGAACUCUGACAAAAAUAAUAAUUUUAAAUUUGUACAAAACGUAAUAAUUGUUUUCUGCUCCACUCUACAUCGUGAUUCAGUUGUAGCAAUGUCGACAAAAAGAAAGGAACAAUCGAGUGGUACAAAACUGUAUCUUGUUUUGUACAACAAUGUACAAUUUUUGGGAUGGUUUUACAUUUUUGUACAGUUUCUAAUACAUUUUUUCGUGGAAGGAAAAGGAAUCGCUUCCCUGUGGGAUCGAGUGGGAAUGGUCACAUAUUAUUUUCAGUUGCUAACAAUUUUCGAGUUUUUCCACGCCCUGUUUGGAUUGGUCCCCAGCAAUGCAAUGAUCACGUUGAUGCAGGUGUUCGGCCGCUGUAUGGUCGUCGUGGGAGCCAUCGACGGAACUCCGACCGGCAAACUUUCACCCGGUCUACCAAUCGCCCUGUUCUGUUGGAGCCUAACGGAAACAGUACGCUACAGCUAUUACGUACUGCAUCUGUCCCUCCCGAAAGUGCCACACUUUAUGACCUGGCUUCGGUACACCAUUUUCGUUCCGCUCUAUCCGGCUGGCUUCUUCGGAGAGCUCCUCUGCUUCUACUGGGCUCAGAGUUACAUUGGCGAGACGGACAUGUGGGGCAUAUCGAUGCCAAAUCGGUACAAUUUUACUUUUUCGUUUUUCUAUUUCGUCUGGAUCAUGGCUGUUGGCUAUCUGCCGCUGUUCCCGCAGAUGUAUCUGCACAUGUUUGCUCAAAGACGAAAGAUUCUUGGUGGCCGCAUAGAACAAAAAGUUCAAUGAUGUUUGGUUUAGGAAACUUUACAUUCGAGUAGCUAUACAAUAUCUCGAAUAUAUGGGGAAUGAAAAAAUCGAAUGCGGAAAGAUUUUGAAACAGGGCGUAUAAUGAUUUCAGUUUCUGGUUUUAUGAUCAAAACAUUCACUGUAUCGUUAAAAUGUUCGGUAUCAUUAAACACCUUUUCAAGUUUGUAUCACCAAAAUGAAGGUAAAUAAAUACUAUUUCGA